CUGUGUCUGGCGCAGGUCCAGUCUAUUUUAAUCCGCCAACCACUUUGCAUUGAUUAAAACGGGAGAGGCAAACAGAGUAGGUUUUUCUCCUUUUAAGAGUCUUGCCAUGACACAGGAAAACGGAAUGGAAAAGGAGGGAUUAAAACCUGCUAAAGGAACAAGUAUUCCUUUAAACGCGGUAGAGAAUGGUACUAAUAGCAGCGAGAAGGAGAAAAGCUCGGAGAAAUCCAGUGAAAAAUUUAACACGUACGAAGAGCAAGUAAAAUUCUACGAGAAACGAAUCAGAGCGUUUCACAAAGCAAAGCAAAAGGCGAACGAAGCAGACGAGCUAUGUAACCUCGGGAUUCUUUACUACAAAGCUGGCAAACUACAAGAAGCCAAACAUUGCCAUGAGCGACAUCUACACCUUGCUAAAGGAUGCAACAACGCGAGAAGUGAAAAGCGAGCAUAUUGUAAUUUAGGUUGUACUUAUAGGCGAAUUGGGAGCUUGGAUAAUGCCAUCGAAUGUUAUGAUGAGGGUCUCAAGUUGGCGAAGGAACUUGGAGAUAGAACAGGCGAAGGAAAACUCAUCAAUAACUUGGCUAAUAUUUACGAACAAAAGGGAGAUUUCGACCGGGCGGUAUUUUAUCACCAAAGAAGACUUAAACUUGCUAAGGAACUAAAUGACUUGGAUGCGGAAAGCAAGUCUUGCGCCAGUAUCGGGAACAUUCAUCAUCUUUUGGGGAACAUCCGAGAAAGCAUUGCAUACUACGAGCGGCUAGUCGCCAGCCUUAAAUUUAAGCUGGCCCGCCAAGAACACAAAGACAAAGAAAAGAUCGAAGGGAACUCUGAAAAGUCUCCUGGCACGACCGUGGCUGAGGGCGAGGUUGAGUCCGAGCAGUCAGCGGUUAACCGCCGCAACAGCGACUCCAUCAGCAUCACGAGCUCAAGAAGUGAUGGCAGCGGGAGCCUGGUGCACAAAAACCUCAGCAAGGGCUGAGAGGACUGGGGAUUGUGUGAAGGGGUUAUGUGUAGCGUGAGGAAUUGUGGGAUAUGCGAAGUUUAUUUUUCCCCACAAGCCACUGCACAUUUUAUUAACUACGUUCAGGAGUUCAAGUUAGUUCGAUUUAUUGGCAAACUGGAUCUAAGGAUCUACAGUAAAAAUUCACAAUAUGGAUAAUUUUUUCUGCUUGGACAAGGUCUAGUGAAAGGUGUUAAAAUAAUAAGUCAAGUUCUUCAACAAGAAAAGCUUUACUCAAGCUUAGCUGCUCACCUCAAUCGACCGUCUACGUUUGCAGCUUCAAGGGUCUCUUCUGCAAUCGUUGUCAGUAAAAUAAACCUCUUUGAUAGGGCUAUAUAGGCCCCUCAAGGGUAGUGACGGGCCGUAUAGGCCGCUCGAGGGUAGGGAAGGGCAAUAUAGGCCGCUCGAGGUUUAUAAAGGGCAGUAAAAGACUUUAUAGGCAUUCUCAAGGGUAGUGACGGGGAGUGUAGCGCUGUACAGGCCGCUCUAGGGUAGUGAAGGGCAGUAUAGGGCUGAACAGGCCACUUGAGGGUAAUGAAGGGCAGUUUGGGGCUGUAGAGGCCGCUCGAGGGUAAUGACGGGCAGUAUAGGGCUGUACAGGCCACUUGAUGGGCUGGUAGUUUAGGGCUUUAAAGUGGAGCCCUACUAACCCUAACUGAUUAAUCUUCUUCAGAAUUAUAGGAAAGACAAAAAGGGAAGCUUGCUAGUUCCUCUACCGUUGUUUUGAUGCGUUAAGGUGAUGGUAGAUUUUCGGCAUGUGAACCUUAAAAGCCAUUUGUAACAGUUUAUUGCUUCUUUUAAUAUUGAAUUAUUCUUACCGGUUCUAUCAUUAAAAAUGUAUUUACACUGAUUCUUGAAGUUAAAAUCAUGUCUUAACAAUUAACAGAAUACGAUACACAAUCAGUUGUCUAAUUAUCCUUGAGAAUUGUGGAAAUAAAGAACACUAAAAACCA